AUGGCGGAGGGACGCGCCCCCCGCGCGGGGGCCGACGGGAAGAAGUUCGAACGGCGCCGGCGGGACUCGGCGGCCAUGGCCGAGGAGGCGCCGGAGGACGGCGCGGUGCGGACCCUGCCCAGCCUCAGGCGGCUCUCCCGGGCUCUGCCCUUCGGACGGAGCCAUGGCCGCCUCGGCAUCAGUCCCAGCGGCCGCCUCAUUGUGCCAACGCUGUGCUCUCAGGAAAAGGCGGACCCGCAGAAAACAGCGUUCCUGCUGCGUAAAGCCUGGACGCUGUACAGCGUGACCCCCCUGUACGGCUUCCGCCGCGCCCGCCUCAGGGACUACGCGCGGCUGCUGGGCGCCUUCAUCGCCGCCGAGAAGCAGAAGGGGCUGGCGGUGGAGGUGGGCGUCGAGCUGGACAUCAAGGUGGCCCUGUCCAGCCUUGCCGACAUCAGGGGCAGCGAGCUGGACCAGGCUGCCCUCCUCGUGCAGCUGUCUUCGAGGUCACGAGCCUCCUCCAGGAACUCUGAGGACAAGCUGGUGUGGUCGGGCUGGUUCUGCUCCGUGUUUGGAGAUGACCUUUCUGAGAACGUGCCGGAGCACUUCACCUGCCUGCCCCUGUUCCUGAGCCACGGCGCCGAGAGCUACACCUCCCUGGUUGGCAGCUGGUUCCAGAAGACUUUCGACUGCUGCUUCCGCCGCCUGGCCAUCAGCCCCCUGAACCUCAGCUGGAUGGUGGCCAUGUGGGCUGGCUGCAAGCUGGACAGAGCUGCCUCUGCCGUGGAACUCGUCUUCUCCGUGCCCCGCCUGGCACAGCCCCUGGACAUUUCCUACGCCAUCCACCCCGAGGACGCCCGAGCUCUGUGGGACACGGUGCAAAAAACGCCAGGAGAGAUCACCCAAGAGGAGGUGGAUGUCUUCAUGGACUGCCUUUAUGCCCACUUCCACAGGCACUUCAAGAUCCACUUGUCAGCUGCCAAGCUGGUGAAGGUUUCCACAGCGGUUGCCUCGGCACACUGUGAUGGGAUUGUAAAGAUUCUACACAGCCAAUACCUGCCUGGAGUGCUGAUGCUACUGACUGAACUUGCAAUCUCUCAGAUCCAGUGAGAGCCAUUGCAGUAGCUCUUCAUACUCAAAAGGCUUUGUGUUUGGACAAUCCGUGCUGAGAAACCCCCAGGAAACUCACUCCUACAGCAUCUUCUUUCCUCUCAUUCUGGCUGACUUUAGACAGACUGUAAGUCCAGCACUUUGCUGUGCAUGGAAUUACACAGCUAAGUCAAGCAGACAUUUGGCCCUGAAGAAGGGCUGCAAUGUAAACUUGUGACAGCUUCCUGAGCAGCUUUGUUUUCUCAGAGUCACUCAUUUCAUUUAUGUGCAGGUGUCAACUCAGAGACAAACAGUGCAAGUUCUUGAUGCAACUUACUGGCAGGUAUUUCUGUUUCUAAGUUGGUUUUCACUGGACAGCCUAAGCUACGCAGACCUUGGCUAAACUGUGACUACUCUUGGGCUAGCCUAAAUGCAAAGUGCAGCACACCUGAGAAAGGGUGCACGCUCUACAACCCAGGGCAGAAAAAUCCAGGUUUCUAACUCCCUUUUUAGCUUGUUAAGGGUACGUGGUAAUGGUGAUAAUGUCCAUUUAUGUUCCCAUUGGGCGUGAGAUUGGACACCAGGCACUUGUCAGCCUGUUGGUCCUCCCACGCACAUUGAUAGAUAGGAAAGUGAGGUGUGGAUAAGCUUGAUAGUUACUAGGCUUUGUCCUGAUGUUUGUGAUCUUAGAUGUAAUCCUGUAGGCCAGAGAGCUCUCAGGGUUGGAGCUGUGUGCUAGAAUUUGAUGUUGGAUCCCUCCCUUCUGGAGCAGGUAAGAGUUCAGAGGGACAUUUAAGGAGCAGAAAGUAGCGCCUGCUGAGACAUUUUUGUAAUACAGUACUAAAUAAAGAAAAUCUUUUCCAUCUUUUGUCUUAAGGAAA